CUUUGAUAUGUGCUGCAACACCUCAGGAUCUCUCUCAUUCCUCCUGUAGGACUCCUGGCUGUUUUGACACUGUAGAUCUGAAGUAGACUCCUUUAAAAUGGACCUCUCCAUCAGCAUCUUUUUGAUCUUCUCCUACUGUGUCUGGGAUACAGAAAGUCGAGCUUAUACUACAAUCCUAUCAGUGACAAAUGGAGGAAAGUGGGGUGAUUGGGGGAAAGAAGAUUUCUGUACUGACGGAUACGCACGUUCAUUUGCUAUUAAGGCACAGAAAAAACAAGGUGCUAAGGAUGAUACAGGUUUGAAUGCCAUCCGUCUUAUCUGUGAAAAUGGUCAAGAAAUUCAGUCUACAGUUGGACAGAAAGGAACAUGGUCAAGGGUUUACAAAUGUCCUGAAGGCAACCUGAUGUCAUUCACUCUAAAUGUGGAACCAUCAAGGGGAAAAAUGGGUGAUGAUACAGCAGCUAACAACAUUCAGUUCAGCUGUACAGAUGGGACUAUACUGAAGGGAGAAGCAAAAGAGUGGGGCAAAUAUGGAGAAUGGAGUAAACGUUGUCCUGCCGGUGGGAUAUGCGGGAUCCAGACAAAGGUGGAACCUGAAAAGGGAGCAGGUGAUGACACAGCACUUAAUGAUGUUCAGUUUUUCUGCUGUGAUUAAACUGUAAGAAUUUCAGUCUGCCUAGGACAGGGUGAAGAGAUAUGUUUUCAGUGGUUUGGUGACAUGAAAGUUCAUUACCAUUAAAUCUCAAAUAAAGAGA